AGGAGCUGUUCCUCAAAACUUGAGAUUCAUUUGUAAUGAGGACAUCAUUCGCGUUCAGAGUCAGCUCUCGCGUAGAUGGCAAACGAUGCCGAAAACCCCUGUUGCAGGAGAGCACUAGGAAUUGAGAAAGUCUGGGGAAAGUACACGAGAGCGUUUCGUUCAGAGUAAUUUGCGCAUCACCAAAGAAAACUAUUUGACACAAAUGGUACAUGAGCAUUUCUUGAUUAAUUCAUUGCACGACUACGCUUGACAUCUCGCAGGCAGCUUGACAUCUCGCAGGCAGCGUGCGAAGCUACCCGAUUUAAGCAAAUAAAAUACACGAGAGACUCGGACGAGCUGUUGAACUUGUUGAGGAUACUAUAUGCGCUUAACGCUUGUGUAAUGUCUUUCAUGAGGGGAACGAUGUCAGCCAGUUGAAGAUCCACAGGAUGUUACUGGAAAGACCUGUUUUGAUUACGAACCAGCUUCCAUCAUCGAGAAGCACUGCGAACAUGAAGUCUGGAAGAUGAACAUGUCCGAAGAACAAAUAAACUGCACUAUUAGCCACGAGAUUCACCAGUAUUUGUUCUCGGGCGCAUACAUCUUAGUCUUGCUUGUGGGUUUACCAGCAAACGCUUACUCGCUGUACCACGCCUGGCUGCAGCUGAAAGCCCGCAACGAGCUGGGGGUCUACUUGCUGAACCUGACCGCAUCGGAUCUGCUAUACCUGGCGUCCUUGCCCCUUUGGCUGCAGUAUAUUUUCCAGGGGGACGACUGGAGCAGCUCGGAGUGGCUCUGUCAACUAUGCGGCUUCCUGCUCUACCAGAACAUUUACGUCAGCAUCGGUUUCCUGUGCUGCAUCUCCAUAGACCGUUACCUGGCCGUGGUCUACCCCUUCCAUUUCUCUGCUUUCCGAACAGUGAGAGCUGCUGCGCUGGUGAGUGCCGUAGUAUGGCUCAAAGAGCUCGCCAUGGGCGUGGUGUUCUUCCGGCACAAGGAGCUGAGUUGGGACAAGCACAACCAAUCUGUGUGCUUUGAGCACUAUCCCAUGAAGACGUGGGAGUACCCCAUAAACUACUACAGAUUUUACAUAGGCUUCUUGUUUCCUUUAGGAAUCCUUUCAUUCUCCUACAUCCGAGUCCUCCGGGCGGUGGGCAAGAGUGCGGGCACGCAGACGGCCCAAAAAACCCGCAUCAAGUAUCUGGUGACUAGCACCAUCAUCAUCUUUCUGGUGUGUUUCUCGCCAUACCACGUCUUCUUGCUGGUGCGUACGCUACUGGAGAGGGACUGCUCCUUCAUUGAGAAAAUUUUCAACUAUUAUCACUUCUCUCUGUUGCUUACAAGCUUUAACUGCGUGGCAGACCCGGCACUAUACUGUUUCAUCAGCGAGAGCGCCCAAAAGGACAUCCAGAAGGCACAAGAUGCCUGCACUCGUAUCUUCUGCUGUUGCUCCAAAAGUCACGGAAGGUUUAUCACAAACUCCACCGAACUGGCAAUGACUAAUGACAACGGAACAGGCACCACUCUGGUGACGCUGUUGAAGCAGAUAAAAACCGAAGUUUGAACAGCUUCGGUUUGUUGUUUUUGUGCUUUUGUCUUUAAAAACCAGAUACCAGAGAAUUUAGGAGCACAAUGAAUACAAGUUUGUAAAUAUUCAGCGGCAUACUAUCGUUUGUUGGCUCAAAGCAUUUUUGAAUACCUUUCACAGCCCAUUGUUUUGUUCUAAAAUGAAAUCUCAUAUGUAAGAAUCUGGGUACGUCUAGUUAGCAUAAUGCUGUUGUGGAGUUUCAUUCUCAGCGAUCGCUACCUUGAUAAUCACCAGUGGUUGACGUUUGUGGUUUGAGGAAUGGACGGCUAAAACUAUCACAUUGCGUUCCAAGUCUCUUUAGCUCCAUCUGCAAAUGUAUAUUCGAGAAAUUAUUUUAAAGCUAUUUCUGAUUUGAAGAUUUCCUUGUUCCAGUAAUACUCACACAAGAAAGGAAAUAGUAUAAAGCAGCCAAAAUGCAUUCAUCUCAUUUUGCUCCAAAGCCAUAUGCCUUUCUUACUGACCGUCUUGUGAUUUACAACCUGUAUGUCUUUCUUUCUUCUGCGGAACACAAAAUAAGAUAUUUAGAAGAAUGUUGGUAACCGUUGGUAAUUCUUCAGUUGCCAACAUUCCGCUAAAUAUCUAAUAUAUAAUAGCAUGUAUCUUUUGUGGCUGGCAGAAGAAAGUCAUAUAGGUUUGAAAUGAGUUAGUAAAUGAUGAUAUAAUUUAUAUUUUUAUCUGAACUAUGCCCUUAAGCAUAAUGAUCAUGUGAAACCAAAAAACUGGGUUUAAUGUUAUUUGUUUACAGAAUGCAGCUGAAGCAUUAUGCCAGGUUUGACGGUUUUAAUGUUUACAUGCUUUUACAAAAAUUUUGAAUACACUUGUUUUGGAGUAAGUAUAUAAGAGAUUUAAAAGGGGUCAUAUGAUGUUUUGUUUUACAUGUAAUGCAAUGUGUAUACACGUUUUAAGGUUUAAAAACUUAAAAACAUACUGUGCAUGUUUGUAUCUCCAAUUUGCCCCUCUCUCUGAAACAUGUAGAUUUUUUACAAAGCUCAUCGCUCUGAAAAGCGAGGAAAUGUAACUCCUCUUACCAUAUUUGGAACAUCAGGUUCCAAAGCAAUUGUACUGAAAGGUACGCCAACAUUACUUGCAUAUACAUUUGGGCGGUCUUAGUCAAAGCAUACCACAAACUGACGUAGAUAUGUGGGGGUGUAGUUACAUUAGGCAUUUCAGGCAGGUCUGGUUGAGCAAUCGCUUUUUGUUCCGACAAUUUCAUAAUCUAAUGUCUAAUACAUGUAUGCGCUACUUUAACACACCAAAGACAUAGAAAAACGUGUAUUCGUGCAAUAUGACACAUUUAAAACUGCUCUGGUGAAGAAGUUACUUUUUUUUUUAAUUUUAUUAAAGUAAAUUUAGACUUUGUUCAAAAGUUAAUGGUGCUUUUCUGUCAUUUUUGGAGCUUGACAGCUUCCACUCACGUUAUCAUUGCAUGGAAAAGGAAAAGCUUACUUUAAAUUCCACAGAAGAGAUAUUGACAAGCAACAUGUAGGUGUGUAAAUGGUUAUCGAGUUUUUAUUUUUGGGUGACCCACAGUUCUCUAGAAUACUUUUUUGGUGUGAGAAACUAUAGAGUGGGUGUAAAGGGUCAGUCAGUCCUAUUUAACCUGGACAGCAUCCCACUGUGAUUUAAUAUCCUGGGAAAAUAUGUAAAGAAAAGGACAGAGCAAUAGUCGCCUCUAGAAAUCACAAACGUUCUGUUUGCUCAAAGCAAAAGGGUAAAUAAAGACGAUGAGUGUUUGGUGUAGUGUUUACAUUUCUUAAGAGUGAAACGACUGCAGCUACUUGUCAGUACCACAUCAUGAACUAUAUAAACUGGUCAAAUAAGAAAUACACCAACACAUCCUCAACAUGCAUGCAGUUUGUAUGUUUACAGUGUGUACACAACUCAAGCUUGUAUUCUGAAUAUGUUACAAUAGUCCACAUAUUGACUGCAGGUCUUUUUUUUUUUUUUAUAUAUGUUGUACAUUUGAAGAGGUUGUGUUUUGUGCAUUCGUGUAAAUAUAGAUACGAUGCUGUGUUGGCUCUAAGUCCAUCCAAAAGUGCAGCUCUUCCUCACCGAACCUGUUGAUGAAAGUUGCCAUAGCUGCAUGUUCUGUGAGUCUUGCCAACAUGAUCAGUGUUAAGUGACAUUACCUUUGAAAGGAGCACAGCACAUUACUGUAUUCCUUCUUAAAAAAACUUUACUUUUAGGGUUGAACCAAUUGCUUUGUCGGUAUUUUACCCAACCAGAGAUUAAAACUUGAAACAACGCAGCAUUUUUAGAGGUGUAGGUUAUGUUUUAUUUACCCAGCAGCACUUUUUCAGACUACUUUGGUUCUGACUGUUCAACCCUUUUAAAACGACAUUUAAAUCUUAAACACAUAUUCCACCCAAAAAUGACAAUUCUGUCCUGAAUUAACUGGAAUUAAGUAACGUUUACAAUACAACCUUA